GUUCCCCAACAACAUAAUGUAAUACGAUAAUUACAUUAUAUGAUUAUACGUACUGCUUCACAUACCGAACACCAUGCAUCGCUCGGUCUGCUGCCGCUAGGUUCUGCCUCUCUGUCAUGACCCUGAUUCUCAAUUACACGUAACUGCCCUCCCCCAUCGACAUCCACACCACACUACACCACACACAAGAUGAUGCGCACGAGCGACCCUCGCAUCCGCCAGACCCUGAACCAAAUUUCGCAUAAUCUCGAAUCCGCAAACGAAACCGCGCAGGAACGUUUCUACACCUUCGCGCACGAAUACCUCGCGCCGUGCUUUGCGUCGAUUGGGACCUGCCUCCAAGAAUGCACCGCACCAUGCAUACCCAGCCGCGACACCCAAUUGCGACGUCGCCGGCGAGGGCGCGCUGAACUGAACUUUGAUUUCUACGACGACUGGGAUAACGACGAGGAUAACGAUGGGCUGCUAGGAUGGGGCAAUGAUGAACUAGAUCGCCUGCUGGCAGGCAGCGGGGGUGGGCCACAGCAACCUCGGCGCCAGCGGAAGAUGAGCUACGGCGCUGCUCGCACACGCAGAAAAAGCUCGAUUCUGCCAGAUCAGAGGAACGACCCUACCGUCAUUCCGCGGUCGUCGAUUAUAGGUUUUCUGGAGCGCUUCCCGUGGAAGUUAGGCUCACGGGGCGUCAAGUAUCGCCCAUCCGCGGCGGAUUUGCAGGAGCGGCCAGGCCGGCUUCCGCAUGACGAUGACUAUGAAGCGCGCGACGAAUUCGAAGCGCAGCCGUUAAUGGAAGAGGAUGAGGAAACCAAUCAUGCAGCUGGGAAAAAGAAGCAAAAGCGGCUCCGGAGUACUACGCAGUCAUCGCAAGAGACGUCGAAUUCUUUGAGCUCACGAGGAGAUCUUAUAUUCGACGAUGAAGACGACGAAGAUGCUGUCCCAUUAGAUGACGAAUUUGCUGUUACGUUAGCACGCCGAAGUACUGGAUUUACUUCGGACGAUCACCUGGUAGGAAGCGCUGGUCGGUCCCGCCGGAACACAUCAGGAUACUCGUCCAGAGACUCAAAAAGCGGCCGCGGCAGGGAACGAAGGGAGUCGAAAUCGGAUGCGGGAGCUACGCAGAUUGAAGACUUUCCAUCAAUGGCAGAGCUAGCCAAGGAAGAACAAGCAGCUGAGAAUGAGGAAGAGCUAGCAAUUGCGCGACGACGCAGUGCAGCCCAGCAGUUGGCUGUUAACCAGGGCUUGAUCCGUGAUCAGUCGCGAAACGUCACUCCUACCUCUGACAUUUCAAACCCACUCGUCAUUCCUCGAAGCAACCCAGCAUCUAUAAACGAGAACGACGAAGCAACUGAACCAUUUCCGUCGUUGCCGGUGACGCCAAUGUCACAAGGGUCGGCGAAUGUAUUUUCUCUGGAUGCUCAAGCGCCGAGUGCAGAAAGGUGAACCUGUAGCCACUCGUCAUUCAUGGACUUUGACGAUUAAGCAAUGCGAGACUCCGGAAACCGGACAUGCUGAGGGACGGACAUUUCCUGUAUACUAUCGGAGGGGAGGAUACGAAUAUGAAUGUACAUUGCAGAACCGUCUUCUCACUGAUUAUGGAUAUGGAUGUAGACCUGUGUAAGAGUCGUAAUUAUCCUCUCCUCUUCCACCAAAAAUGGUUAUCAAUCGAUACAGUGUCCAACUAUUAUGAAUGAUCAACUGGACGUUGCGCUCAGCAUUAUUUUUAUUUAUUUUUAUUUCUUUCU